UGCAUCACUCAUUCUCUGCCUGGAAUGAUUCUGAGGAUAUGGAAUUGCUGCUUGUGUUCGCCGGGUUUGUUGUAUUAUCAGUGAAAGAAAGCUUCAUUUGAGGAAGGACUAACAUUUCGGUGAACCAACCAGUCAAACUCUAUUUCUCCGAAGCUGCUCGUUGGGCCUAUGUUCCAUCUAAGAAAUCAUUGAUCUGGUUAAUACAGCAAAGGGAGGAAUACACAAGAUACCACUGUAAAGUACCAUGGUGACCUGCCUGGCUUUGUAUUGAUUAUUGAUACAAUAUCUCAUUCACCAAAUGGUACCACUUAUUGAGAGUCACCAUUUCAGGAAUAUCACACCUUACAGUGUGAAAAGGAAAAAACAUAAAUAGAUUUGUGCCCUGGGAUGGGCGCAAAUUCCUGUCACCUGCACGGGAGUACUCUACCUCAGCCAUUGAAACAUUUCAAAUUGCGUGCCGCCACUCACCACCAACACGGCAGCAAUCCUCAGUGAACAACACGUGAGCAACAGGUUUAUGCUAUCACGCCGUCUGUGUUUACCAGAUCUUGCCUACUGCCUUCUUGGAAGCCUGAUAGUCAUGUCUCCCAAGUAUGUCAGGAAAAGUGAUAGGUAGUUUGACCGCACCAACUUGGAGGCUGCAUUCAAGCACCAGGUUGCAACCAAUUGCAGCAUCAAAGUAGCUGCUAACUUUCUGAGUUAGGGAUUUAUGCAUAUACCAUAGGCGAGCCAUGUUGUGUACAGUAAGUCCUCAUUAUAUGGUACAUACGCGUUCCUGAAAACCUUACUGCAAAUCAAAAUUACCAUAUACCAAACUGAUUAUAACAUGUAAUAAUAGGGAAUGCAUUCCAGCAUGUCAAAAGUCACCCUACAGAAAUUAAAAUACAUGAGAAUAGUCAUAUAAAAAAAAAUGUAAAGUUUUCAGGCCAUUAUGGGUACGUCACUGUGCGUCAUGAUAAUAUCCACAAAAAACACACGUAAGGAUUUCACUUGUGUUCAAUGGGAAACGCGGGAAGAGACUGAUUGUUUUUGUGACAUCAUCCAUGUCACACUUCCCACGCCACCCCAGCUCAGUGCUCACUGACAGCUGACUUUUGGUGGGAUGUUCAGGCACUUUGGCCUGACGCCUGAGAUUUCCUGUUGUUUACAUAUUGCUUGUGGACACUGGGCUAGCUGGAGUGUUCAUCAAACUCUCCACAGUGCUGUAAACAACUAAACAUGCCAAACAAUUGCUCAGUGCUUGGAUGCAAUAACACGAAAAGAAAAACAGCAGGUUCAGGCAUUAAGUAUUUCAAGUUUCCCAAGGAAAAAAAUCACAGACAGCAGUGGAUUCAAGCUUGUUCCCGAGGUGAAGUGUUUAAUGUGGACAAUGCAGUGAUAUGUUCCAUGCAUUUUACAAGUUCUGACUACAAGGAUGAUUUAAAGCAUCGCCUCUUAGGCACUGAGGCACCCAAGAGUUACAGGCCGCUAACAGAUACUGCAGUUCCAUCCCUUAAUUUACCUCAAGCAGGCAAGAUGAUGCCGCUGAGCCGACUGGUGCAGGACGUGCGGGAGCUAUACCUGGGCAAGACUCGGCCAACAACCCCCAAGAUCUGCAAUGCCAUGUCCCCGAGAGUCAUCCUCAUACGGCUCACUCAGAAGUACAUAGAGAAGUAUACCAUGUUGGGAUUAGUGAAGAAUGAGCCACUUAGUGAUGAGGAGGAAAUGGCUAAUGAAUGGAACAUGAACAUAUUAGAACCAGUAGUGGAAAUAUCUGACAAGCCCAAAGACAACUCCAAGAAAAGAAAAGGGAGGACAAUACAAGGAGUAAGCAGAAAGAAAGGCAGGCCUUCAAAGGUACAAGAAAAUAAUUUCAGUGACGUCUCCAUAAAGCAGGAGCCGUCUGACCCACUACCAGUGGCAGUUCCAUUAGAGGAGGUGUCUCAUAAUGUUCCAAUGGCCACAAUACCAAUGGAUAGUAAUGCUACUCCCCCUCUUCCUUUGUACCAGGUGCCAGCAGGAAACUUGGCUGUAUAUGUUUCUCAGCCCCAGCCUCUAGUCAUUCAACACACUGUUGCUGUUCAAAACACAGACAAUUUGCUGAUAAAUCAACCACCUAAUGUAAACAGUCCCAGUACCUCGGAUAAAUCUAUUCAGGAUAUUCACAGUGAAGUGGAUCUGGAAUCAAAUAUCAAACAAGAAGAGCAAAUGGAAAAUGUGUUUGUGGUGCCUUUUGGAAAAUCUCUUGAAACUGAAAAUAAGUCUUCAUCUGGAAAGCAAUCUUCCACUGAGCCAGAUGUAGUGGAAUGUGAAUCAUCAGAUGAGUUAGCAAGAAGAAAACGAAGAGCUGCCAUUGCUGCCAUUAUGGGUGGACCAUCACACCGGAAACUAAGAGAUUUAACCUUCAAGCUGGUUGAACUUAACAAUAAAAAUUUGAAGUGUGAUAAUAGGAUUGAGAAGAUUAAGGAUGAAUUUAAAAAGAGAUUACAAGUUGUUGAAAUAGAAAAGAAAGGAAUAGAGCAAGAGAUUGAUAAAGUUCUAGCUUCCAUUCAGGAUUGGAAGGAUGCUAAGAAGCAAUCUUUGUAGAAUUACCGAUAGCUUGUAUAAAUGAAGGUUGACAUACUUUUUUGAGGACUGAAGCUAAUAUUUCAAUGCAAGUUUUGGAUUACACUGGGAUUUCUAUAGCUAAAAGAUUCACAAGAUCUGAGCUCUUCAUUGUAAUACAUUCCUUACCACCAAUACUUAGUGUUUGCUUUUUAGCUGAACUGAAGGAUUGGUUAAAAACGUGUUAAUCAUCAGGUAUUAUAAGACUGUCAGCAGACCAGAGGCAAUAAAACAUUGAUGGGAAAUGAUAAACAAAGUGAAAAUAAGUGCAGCUGUAUCUUACUGAAUUUCUAACCACAAGUGUACCUCUAAUGCAAAUUUUCAUUCAGCUACAUUUUGCAUUAACCAUGAAGGUGUUGAGUGUUAGCUAAGGAACCAAGAAAAUUUUUAUGCUCUUAAAUUAUAAACGUGAAAUUUAUACACAGGCAAAUUAGAAUAUCUAUUUUCCAAAUCUAUGCAAUAUAUAUAUAUAUAUAUAUAUAUAUAUAUAUAUAUAUAUAUAUAUAUAUAUAUAUAUAUAUAUAUAUAUAUAUAUAUGUAUGUAUGUAUAUUUACUAACCAGAUUACGUCAUCCUGUAAGUUGCCAUUUAAUGACUCAAACGUAAUGAGCAAAGAAAAUAUAUUCAAACAGUUUAUUUACGUAUAUUGCAUGUGAAACCGUUUGUUUCACUUCUCUGCUCAUUAGUGAUUGAUGUCUGGAAGAAUAAAAUUUGUAUUAAAUUACGAA